AAAUUUUGGUAAUCGGAAAGGCGAAGAAUCCACGCUGCUUUAAAAACUUUCAGUGUCCCACCGACUACCAAAGCUCAAAAUCAGCCUGGAUGACGUCGACUAUUUUCAAAGAACGGUUUCAUGAAUCUUUCGUUCCACAGGUGGAAUUGUUUUUAAAAGAGAAAAACUUGCCAAUUAAAGCUCUUCUCCUAAUCGACAACGCUCCCUCC